AUGAAGAAGUUGUGGUGGGGCCCAGGAGUGGAGUGUGGGGAGUGUCUGAUUGACACAUUCCUGUUGAAUGGUUUGGAAAUUGUUGGUAAGAGUGUGAUUGGUGGAGUACGGAAUAGAAGGAAAAGAAGGAUGUCAUGUUACAACUUCCAACUCACGCACCGUGGGGUGAAGGAAGAAAUAAUGGCACGUAUCAACAACGAUUCAAUUUUCCCCCUUCUCAGAUAA